CUCUCCCAUCUUUCCAGCCAAGCCCAUAUUAUACCGGCCCAAACUAUCAAAAUCCCAAAUCCAACUCGAAGAUUGCAGCGCGGGGGAAGAGGCAGCCCCGCAGCAGACUAGCAGUCCGCAGCGUUCCGUUUCGGCACAACCCCAAUCCCAACCUAAGUUCAGCACUCGGACGGCGCACGGCGGAUCAGGUGCUCAGCACUUGGACGGCGCACGGCGGUUUUUCGGUAUAGACUGCUUUACUGCUUAGUUUCUGGCUUUCUGCAAUUCUGUUCUUCAGUGGUAAACUGGGACUCUAGCUGUGUCCUGCGGAACUACCUAACGGAAGUCCUGCAGGUUUAUUUUUUUAAUUAGAGAGUAAAGCUUCAGUAUGGGAAAAGCCAGGCCACGUGAAGAUGGGUCCACACGAGCUGACCGCAAAUUCGAGAAGAAAGUGCAGUUUUAUACCAAGGUUAAGGAAACGGUUGCUUCCUUGAGUGCACAGAAGUCCAUCACUAAGAAGUCAAAGGCCCAAAGGAAGAAAAAGAAAUUGCAGGCAUAUGAUCUGUCUUCUCUUUCAGAGUUCCUCCCUGAUUUGGAGGCUCCUAAGCAACCACCAAAACGAACAGAACUUAAGUUAAACUGUAAAAACAGGCAAAAGCUAGUGGUGAAGGAAGGCAAUCAAUUGCAGGCUGUUAUUAAACAUCCUGCUUUCCAAUCAAAUCCAAUGCAAGCAAUUUUUCAACAUUUGCAGAGCAUGCUUCCUCCAGAAGAUAAGAAACCGAAGCAGGGUAUAAUAAAGAAGAGAAGCAGUAAUGGGAAAAAGAAAAAAACUAAGCCUCAGUUAAUGGAAACAUGAUUAUCUUAGCCUCUGGAAUUUUAUUAUCUUCUGAUUUGGAGUCGAUAAUCCUGAAGUUCAAGCGUACGGAUCUAGACAUAUUUCUCAAUUAUGCAACCCUUGAAGAUUAAAAUAUAUAUACAGGUGAUUAUUUGUUUGCUUACGUAACCACGUAGCAUAAUUGUAUUGGUCAUUCUGAUUUGGGUUCUCAAUGAUAUUCAGGAGACUAAACUAAAUACACUGGUACUCAUUAUGCAGUUUUUGGCACGAACAAUGAAAAAUUGGCAGUCUAAUUUGGCACGGUGAAGGAUGUAUUUAUUUUAUUCCCCUUGUUCUAUUUAUGUUUGUCCUAUUUUUUUUUUUACUUUGGUUUGUCUCCAAAUAUUUGUCUAAACUCUGUAUUCAUACUUGUGUGGUUCAAACUUCAAAAUCGUUGUGUUUUUGAAAUCGAUAUUUACGUAAUUUACCCUACAAUUUUGUUA